ACUAUGCCUGGACAUGCCAAAUCAAACUCGAAAAAGUGUCAGAUUGCUCACAAAUGCCAUGACCAGCUAAUGGAAAAGGCAGUCAUUGCAUACAAGAAUGAGCUUGUCAAACUACCUGGUGCUCCUCGGAAAGGUGCAAGAAAAAUCUGCAAAGAUUUUGAGGCUGUAUAUCAGAGAGAGACUGGAAAGGAGAUCUCACUUUUCUAUAGCACUCGAGCGAUUCCGAGUAGCUGACUAAUGAGGUUUGGGUAUAUGGGCCGGACUGUUUCAAUGACUCAAAAUAGCCUAG